AUGAUCCUAAUAAAGCCAUCAAGGAACUUACGCAUCACAGAUGGAGGUGGCAUCCGCGGUUACUGGACACUUCUGGUUCUUCAGCGUUUGAUGAACGAGAUUGCCAAAGAAGAAAAGAGGUCGAGAGAAGGUGAAGAGGAGCACCAUAGCUUCUCCCCGUUACAAUUUCCGGGGCAUGUCACCCAAGGUCAACCCGAUGAUGAAGAAAAAAAGAGAAAACGAGCUAUAAAAGGUGCUCGCGUAUCGACAUGGCAAUACGUCCAUGAUUCUCGAAAGUUUUUACCUUGUCAUUACUUUGACUACAUAUGUGGGUCUAGCACUGGCGCGCUUAUCGCGAUUAUGCUCGGACGAUUUCGUAUGCCAGUCUGGGAUUGCUUGCGUGAAUAUGAGAGUAUGAGUCACUCGAUCUUCGGCAAACCCCGAAUGGUGUCGCAAAGAAAUAUUGGCAUCGUAAGGUGGCCGAAAUAUAGCGCAUCAGCUCUGGAGAAUGCGUUCAAAGAAGUCACCGCAAGGAGGUGCGAAGAGACUUCGCAGAACAACGUCAAAUUCUCGUCCCCACCAGUCAUCUGCAAGACAUUUGUCACUGCUUAUGCGUACGAACGCAAGAAAGGUGCGUCAGUAAAGGAGGAACGACUAUACCUUCUCCGGACUUACAAGCAUGAGAAAAAACACGGUCUCAUCACGAGGGAUAUGCGGCGCAACUAUACUGGCGUAUUGCAUGGUGACAAGAGGAACUAUGGAUCGGCCGACGAUUGGGAAAUCUGGCGGAUAGCCCGAGCCGCAACCGCAGCACCAAUGUACUUCGAAGAGUUACCUGAGAGACGGCACAUGAGGGACGGCGAAACGACGAUUUACUUCUCUGAUGGCGGCUUUGGAGAGACGAAUAACCCUACUUAUGAGGGUAUCGCUGAGAUCAAGUCCCUCCAUGGUGGCAAAGAAAACGUAGGUGUAGUCGUCAAUAUAGGAACAUCUCGAGGGACGCGCGAGGCAGGUGGAAGAAGUAUCUUUAAGAGGGUGCAUGGGUCUUUCGAUCGAGCUACAGAUCCGAAAAUCGUAGCUGAAAAGGUUGAAGGAGAGAGCCUACCCUACUAUUGGCGUUUCGACGAUGAAAAUGGCAUUAAUGUCGACCUCGACGAAUGGAAACCAAACGGCUAUUUCACGAAGCAUCCUGGAGUCAAAACGCUCGAGAAGAUUAGGAGAAAGUUCAAUGAAUGGGUAGUGGAGCGAGAGAACGGCCUCCUCGAAAGAUGCGCUAAGGAACUAGUAGCAAGACGACGAGCAAGGACCUUGAGCCCCGGACUAUGGGAAGCAUAUGCUACAAACGCAUCAUUUGCUUGUAACCACGGCCGUUGUAACAGCAAACCUUUCGAAGACCGCAUCCAACUCCAAAACCACCUGAGGGGGGAACACUCUAUCCCUGAAAAUGAGCUCCAGAGCGAAGUCAGGGAUGUGGCUUUGUGGCGGGAAAGAAAACUCACCGAGCUACACUUCAUAUCCAUAGCUUGCGCUAUACUCGCCGCCGCAGUUAUUGGCUCCUUCUCCUGGACCACCAUCGACCAAGCUUAUUGGCUCACACCUGGUCUAUGGUACGGUAGUCUUGUACUUUCUGUCCUUGGAAUAUUGAUAUCCGCUCAGCAAGUGGCGGUGUUGAAUUUCUUAGGGCCACUGCCAUCGCCUAGGAAAGUUAGACAGAUGGAAAAGUGCUUCGACCGCUAUCUUCCUGUUCUCUUGUCUAGAAAUGGCACAGAGUAUUGCCCAAGGCAGAAGAUGGUAUUCGCCUGGCAAUGCCCGUUAAUGUUCAUGUCGUACUCGGUCUGUACGUUUCUCGCCGGUAUUACGAUCUUAGUUUGUACACCUUUGAUUCAUAGAGAAGGAGGUUGGAAUGCAGGAUGCAAUAUUGCGGUUAUGUAUCUUUCGAUUUGUUCCGUUGCAGGAGCUACGUUCGUCUUCUGUGGGUUCUGGAUAUACCAUUAUGUCGAUCUUGGGUUUGACGUACAUCAAGACGGCAUUGAUGGAGAAGAAGAAGAUGAGUCUAGAGAGAUGUUGACGCAGCCGAGUGGAGUCACUUUUGCGCAUGCUGAGAUGCUACCUCCAUCUUUCGGCUUUAGUGACUCUGGGAGCCAUGCAGGCUUGAGCACGAAGCGCGGAACGUACUAA